GUGAUGGACCGAUCGCCGACCGAUGGAGCACAAUUUUUUGAUCCGUACUUAACCUUCAAUUCUCCGUUCUUUACUUCGGUGCUCCGGCUUUGCUUUGCUAAUCAACUGUUUGUUUCUUAUUUCUUAUUUUUUCUUAUUUCACUUACUCAAUUCCAGUUAAUUACUCCUACCGUCACAAUGGUUGCUCGCCAAUCGGUCCUGCGCGCAGCCGUACGAAUAUCGAGACCGACAUAUUGCCCUCUUUCUAAACAUACAAGACCUUACUACAACGCCGAAAGACAACGAUAUACCCAACGACGCCAAAUAUCCUCGACUUCAACCAAUUCCUCACCAACAACAACACCCCGUGAAAAUGGUACUACCACUGCCGCCAGCAGUAACAUUGAUAGAAGCGGCACGACCCACUUCGGCUUUCAAGACGGUCUGUCCGAGUCCGACAAGACAGAACGUGUGGCCGACGUCUUUGAUAGUGUCGCCAAUACCUACGAUAAAAUGAAUGAUCUUAUGUCCUUUGGCUGGCACCGCGUCUGGAAGGACCACUUCGUAUCCUCGCUCAACCCCGGCCUAUCCACCUCCACCCCCCCCAAACCCCAACGCAUCCUCGACGUCGCCGGCGGAACAGGCGACAUCGCAUUCCGCAUGCUCCACCACGCCCACGUCCUCAACGGCAACCCCUCCGUGCACGUAACCAUCUCCGACAUCAACGCCUCUAUGCUCUCCGUUGGCAAGAAGCGCUCCCUCGCCCUCCCCGCCUCCCAGCAAGCCGCCCUCUCCUUCCUCGAAGCCGACGCCACCUCCUUCUCCCCCACCGCCGUCCCCUCCAGCUCCCUCGACCUCUACACCGUCGCCUUCGGCAUCCGCAACUUCAGCAACAUCCCCGCCGCCCUCAACGAGGCGUACCGCGUCCUCAAGCCCGGCGGCAUCUUCGCCUGCCUCGAGUUCAGCAAGGUCACGAACCCGGUCCUCGACGCCUUUUACAAGCGCUGGAGCUUUUCUGCGAUUCCUUUGAUCGGCAACUUCGUCGCCGCUGACCGCGACUCGUACCAGUACCUCGUCGAGAGCAUCGAGCGCUUCCCCUCGCAGGAAGAGUUCUGCGCCAUGAUCCAGCGCGCCGGCUUCGUCACCGCGGGCCAGGGAUGGGAGGACAUGACGGGUGGUAUUACCGCGAUACAUAAGGGCAUGAAGCCUCUGGGAACGUAAAAACGUGACGAAUGGUGUUCUGUGCAAAUGGACGGGGGCAAAAGAACGAAAGGUUAAGGUGCUAUGGAAGGCAGGCAGGUGGGUAGGGAGGUUACCAAGGGGAAAAAAAAAAGGCAAAAUACGCUUUGUACACUACAACUACUCCCUGUAUUAUACCUCCCAGAAGAAAGAAAAAAAAGGAAGAAAGCCUACAUGUAGCCUCCAGCUAGCUGCCUACCUGUGUACAAACGGGCAGCCAAGGCCAUACCCACCAUGCAUAGAAAGAAAAGCAACUCCCCCAAAAGGAAGUCUACAUAAACAAACCCAACUCUUCCCAUUGAUCAAA